CACACUGUGUGUCUGUCCAUCGUGCUGCUCUCAGAGGGGCCUCUGGGCUCAGAGGAGGACACACCAUGACCCCCACCCUCACAGCCCUGCUCUGCCUGGGGCUGAGUGUGGGGCCCAGGACCUGCGUGCAGGCAGGAACCCUCCCCAAACCCACCCUCUGGGCUGAGCCAGGCCCUGUGGUCCCCUGGGGGAGCCCUGUGACUCUCUGGUGUCAGGGGACUCUGGGGGCCCAGGAGUUCCAUCUGAAUAAAGAGCAAAGCCCAGCACCCUGGGACAUAGAGAUCACGUGGACACCCAGUCACAAGGCCAAGUUCUCUGUCACCUACUUGGCAGAGCAACAAGCAGGGAUAUACAGAUGUCUCUAUCUCAUCUCCUCUGACUGGUCAGAGCUCAGUGACCCCCUGGAGCUGGUGGUGGUUUCAGGAUCCUACAGCAAACCCUCCCUGUCAGCCUUGUCGAGCCCUGUGGUGAGCCCAGGAGGGACCGUGACCCUCCAGUGUGCCUCAGGGCAGGGAUUUGACAGGAUGGUUCUGACUCAGCAAGGAGAAGACACGUCCCCCUGGAGCCUGGACACACAGCCACACCCCAGUGGGCAGGUCCAGGCCCUGUUCCCUGUGGGCCCCAUGAGCCCCAACCACAGGGGGACAUUCAGAUGCCAUGGCUAUUACAGUGACUGGCCCCAGGUGUGGUCACCCCCCAGUGGGCCCCUGCAGCUCCUGGUCCCAGGGGCAUCUGGGAAGCCCUCCCUGCUGAGCCUGCAGGGCCCUGUCGUGGCCAUUGGAGAGAUGCUGACCCUCCAGUGUGGCUCUGCUGUGGGCUAUGACAGAUUCGCUCUGUCCCAGGAGGGCAACCCCCGCCUCUCCCAGCUCCCUGGCCAGCAGACCCAGGCCGGGCUCUCUCAGGCUGAGUUCUCCCUGGGCCCUGUGAGAACCUCCCACAGAGGCCGGUACCAGUGCUAUGGGGGUCACAGCCACUCCCCUCUGUGGUCAGCACCCAGCAGCCCCCUGGACAUCCUGGUGGCAGGACAGCUGGCUGACACCCCCUCCCUCUCGGUGCAGCCGGGCCCCUCUGUGGCCCCAGGAGAGAAGGUGACCCUGCGCUGUCAGUCACAGAGCCCCAGGGACUCUUUCCUUCUGUCAAAGGAGGGGGCGCUCCUGCCCCCCCAGCGUCUGAGGUCAGAGUCCCGAGCUCAGGGGUUCCAGGCUGAGUUCUCCUUCCAGCCUGUGACCACAGCCCAUGGGGGCACCUACAGGUGCUACAGCUCCAGUGACAGUGACCCCCACCUGCUGUCUGAGCCCAGUGCCCCCCUGCAGCUCCUAGUCUCAGCUCCUGCCCAAGGUCACCGAUGGGACAUGAACAUUCUGAUCGGCGUCUUGGUGGCCCUGGAAGCACUGCUCUCCCUCCUCCUCCUCUCCCUUUUCCUGAGACGCAGUUGUCGGGGUGCACACAGGAAGGCCGGGGCUGCUGGCCCAGAGCCACAGGACAGAGGCCUGCAGACCAGUGCUGCGGCCGCCCCCCAGGAAGACACCCUGAGUGAGAGGAAGAGGAGGAGCAGCCAGGGGGACAGAGAUGCUGCAGAGACAGAGACGCGGCCUGAGGAGGGGGUAGAGCUGGACCUUCUGCCCAGGGGGGACGAAGACCCCCAGGAAGCCACCUAUGCCCAGGUGAACCAGGAAGGACUCAGCUGGAGAGCAGCCACCACUGCUUCCCCACCAACAGGCAGGGACAGACAGGACAGAGCCAAAGAAGGGGACAGACAGGCUGCUGCCUCCACAGUCCUCCAGGAAGUGACCUACGCCCAGCUGACCCUCAGGCAGGGGACGGCACCCCCUUCCUCCUGGUCAGAAGAGCCCCCCGAGGAGCCCAGCCUGUACGCUGCUCUGGCCACCCACUAGCGCAGGGGGCUAGACUACAGGGACCCCAGAAGUCACAGAGCCUUCUCUCCCCACCUGAACACUCCCCACCUGGACACAGUCAGCGAGGACUCCCAGGCUCCUGGGGGUGGGGCAUCUCCCAACUCUCAACUCUACCUGCCAAGAGAACAAUAAUAAACAUAAAUAUAAUAUAUAUAAA